GUGUGUCUCUUUGGGUUCUGGCUCAGUGUCUCUUUCUCUCUGGGUUUCUCUCGUUUCCGUUUUCUCGAUCGAUCUAUCUUUCCCUCCCUCCCUCUCUUUCUGCUGGGCCAACUUCCUGGUGCUAGAUUUCCCAUUGGCCAGUCCCAGUCCUCUCCCUUCACUCUGAUAGGUUGCUGGAGGAAGACAUAGGGUUGACCCAGGAGAUGCCACAGGUAUCAGCCAAUGACAGGGAGAUCAGAUUAGUCAGGAAGUCAAUCCAAUAGAUUGUCACCUUCCCAGGCCAGAUCUGAACCAGGAAUAGACAGCAGAGUAGCAGCAGACACAGACCUCUGUGAUACCUCAGGCACAGCCUGCACAGUGACUAGAGGGCUGGAUUUGGUCAUUUUUAUUUUGCUGUAAUAUCCUACAACUGGAGUGAAGUUAGAAAACUUGCAGAGGCCAAGAAAGCUCACAUAACAGAGAUGCCGUCUCCUACAAUCCAGCUGGGUCCAGGCCAGGAGAAGAAGAUAGGCCACCGGAGAGUAGACGCUUCUGGAGAAACCACCUACAAGAAGACCACCUCGUCUGCCCUGAAAGGUGCCAUCCAGCUGGGCAUCGGCUACACCGUGGGCAACCUGAGCUCCAAGCCUGAGAGAGAUGUACUGAUGCAGGACUUCUAUGUGGUGGAGAGCAUCUUCUUCCCCAGUGAGGGCAGUAACCUGACCCCUGCCCACCACUACCCAGACUUCAGGUUUAAAACCUACGCCCCUGUGGCAUUCCGCUACUUCAGAGAGCUGUUUGGGAUCCGACCGGAUGACUAUCUGUACUCUUUGUGUAACGAGCCGCUGAUCGAGCUCUCCAAUCCGGGCGCCAGUGGUUCCAUUUUCUACGUGACCCGUGAUGAUGAGUUUAUCAUCAAAACUGUGGAUCACAAGGAGGCGGAAUUUUUGCAGAAACUACUUCCUGGAUACUACAUGAACUUAAACCAAAACCCAAGGACCCUGCUGCCCAAGUUCUUCGGCCUCUACUGUGUCCAAUCAGGAGGCAAGAACAUCCGCAUCGUGGUCAUGAACAACGUCCUGCCCCGCUCCGUGCGCAUGCACCUCAAGUUCGACCUGAAGGGCUCCACCUGCAAACGCCGCGCAUCGAAGAAGGAGCGAGAGAAAUCCUGCCCCACGUACAAAGAUCUGGACUUCCUGCAGGACGUCCCUGACGGACUGACACUCGACCAGGACACCUACAGCGCCCUGGUCAAGACCCUGCAGAGAGACUGUCUGGUGCUGGAGAGCUUUAAGAUCAUGGACUACAGCUUGUUGCUGGGCGUCCAUAAUAAGAACCAGGCUGAGCGAGAGCAGCAGUCCCAGGGCUCUCCCACAGGGGGCGAUGACAAGAAGCCAGCGCCACAGAGAGCCCUCUACUCUACUGCCAUGGAGUCUAUUCAGGGAGGGAAAGCAUGCAGGGACACACUGGACCACGAUGACACGAUGGGGGGGAUUCCAGCUGUGAUUGGCAAAGGAGAACGAGUGCUGCUCUUCAUAGGGAUCAUCGACAUCCUCCAGUCCUACAGGCUUAUCAAGAAACUGGAGCACUCCUGGAAGUCCCUCAUCCAUGAUGGGGAAACAGUGUCAGUCGUCAGGCCCAGUUUCUAUGCUGAGAGAUUCUACAAGUUUAUGAACACCACCGUUUUCAGGAAGAGCUGUUCUCUGCGGUCCUCCCCGUCUAAGAGAGGGCGAGGGGCUCUCCCUGUGCCCAGACACAGUGCUCCUGGGGCAGGCUGGUCGGCCGGCCAGCAGCCCUCAGAGAGUGAGGAAAACCAGGAGAAUCUAGAGAACCUAAGGGGAGCUCGCUGCUUCCCCCUACUGGAGGAGGAGGGUCAUCCAUGCACUCCUCCCUCCUUUGAGGAUGCCACCACAGUGUCUAUUGCUACCACCCUGUCUUCUAACAACUCUCUCCCCACCACUCCCUUUGAUACACCAGAGCAUCCCCGCUACAGGCGACAAACCCAUUCGCCCAGUGUGGUCAGGUCACAGCAGGAAGUGGUGGAGGUUCAUGAGGAGAAGCAGCAGAACAUCACAGUGGAGGUGGAGCUGACUCAGGCUCCUAAGACCCCUGAACUGACACAGGGGUCUGAAGUGGUCUCCCCUGCCCCGCCCUCCGCCAGCCAACCCUCCUCCACCCUCCCCGCUUCAUCCUCACCUCCCUCCAUCCCUUCCUCCUCUGCUCCCCUAUCCUCCACCCUUCCCCCAUCCUCCUUCCCUCCCACUUCAACCGACCAACCCUCUGAUGCCCCUCCUUCCACUCCUCCCUCUACUCUCCCCCCCUCCUCCCAUCCCCCCAGCCUGCCUUCCUCAACCCCUCCAUCCACCCCUCCAUCUUCUGCUGCUCCUUCCUCCUUUCCUCCUUCCUCAGCUCCUCAUCCCUCCUCCUCCUCCACCCUGCCUUCAUCCACCGUUCCAUCCUCCUCUGCCUCGGCUGCCCCCCACUCCUCCACCCUCCCUCCUUCCUCUAUCCCUCCCUCAGUUCCUCACCCCUCCUCCACCCUCACCUCCUCCACCCUUCCCUCGACUCCUCCCUCCUCGCUUCCACCAAGCCCCCAGGUGAGGGCGGAGCCCCCGUCGUCCAAUCAUCUCUCGGCGGCCAGCAGCCACAACUCACUUGAGGGGGAGGUGCCUGUGUCUGACAUUUACUUUUAUGCGGAUGGAAGAUAUUGGGUGUACUCUCCCGUUCUUGGCCGUCGUAAGCUAAACUCUAGCUUGAGCUACAACACUCAGGAGGACAGGAGCUGGGUAUACUCUCCUCUGCACUACGGCUCAGAGUCCAGACCUGCCUCCGACGGAGAGAGCGAGACAUAAGCUGAGUGCUGUCCAUGCUGAGGAGAGGAGCUGCACUCUGUCCACACAGUCACUGAUGCUUUAUGAAGCCUGUACGAAUGCUCCCAGAAGCUUCCAUGAUGCUACAUAACCUCUGGUGUCACAAGCUGCACAUGGAGACUUGUUAUACGGACUGAGAUUGAGAUAGAGGAAAAAAACACACAAAUAUAUACACACGCACACACACCAAUAUAUAAACAAUCACACACACACACACACACACAUAUACAGACCUAAAAAAAAAGUAUGCAACACUAUUGUACUAUUGGGAAGUAAACCAACGUAUUGAAUAGCA